AUGCCAGCUUCAUUUCAAGACAUCCUCAAUUCUCGCCUCUUCAAAUUCACCGUAGGCGAAAAAGUCGAUGGCCAUGCAACGGAAUUCUUCGUGCACGAAGAGGCUAUUGUUCAGCUUUCAAGACCGUUGGAGGCACUGAUGAGAGGAGGGAUGUCGGAAUCUCAAGCUGGAUGUACGAUAUGGGAUGAUGUGAGUAAGGAGACCUUUGAGCGGUUCGUGCAAUUUGCGUAUACGGGUGAUUACACGGUGCCUGUCCCUACGUAUGAGGCGAAGAGACGACGAGACAGAUCUGAUAGUUUGGAAGAGUUUCUCCGGAAACUUUCUAUAAAAGACAUGAAGAAACUGAAGGAGAAAAGUUCGGGUGGGCAGGGAGUGAUAGAACCCCUGAUCGAACCACCAUUACCGGGAGUGACACCGGAGCCAGCGGAACCGGCACUAGCACCUCCAUUACCGUACCAACCACUAGGAUCGGAAUCAUAUUUGGUUUCUCGAAUUUUCAAAUACCCAGAGCUUACUUCGCAUCUGAGAGAAUCCGACUUCAACCAGCUCGUCUUCCCACUACUCGCCUUGCGUAACAAUUACGACCUUACCUGUGAACCUAGGGAAUGGCACAAUCCGUGCCAAGGCUAUUCCAAUGUACUCAUCAGCCAUGCCGCACUAUACAUUCUGGGAGAUUUCCGACUCAUAGAUUCACUAAAAGCCCUAGCUCUAUACAAACUCCACAAAACACUAUCUGUGUUCCAGCUCAGCACCGACAAUCUCCAGGAUGUGAUCGAUCUCGUAAGAUAUAUAUACGCAGAGGAAGGUGGAGAAGAGAGAUCGGAUGGCGAGAUUGGAGCAUUGAGAGGGUUGGUGUGUCUUUAUAUGGCUAUAAAUGCUUCGGCGCUAUCACUGGAUGAUAGGGGUUUGGAGUUUUUGGGGGAAGGAGGACAGUUUGUCAAGGAUUUCUUUAGGUUUGAGGUGCAGAGAUGA